AUGUGGAAGCUGUUCUUCCAAAACAAUGCUGCUAUUCUGGACCAGGCUCUUCUGGAUUACUCCAGCGUGAACCCCAACACCAGCAGUCCAGCUAUGCCAAAUGUCCUUGAUGCCAUUGGAGAUGUCAAACUCAACAACUUCAUGAAUGCACAGCUGAACAACGCCAGUUUCGUUGACAAGUUGUUCCAGAAGAUGCUCCGUCCAUUCUUGGCAUCUCCAUCUAGGAAUUUCCUCUCCUGUCUCAGCUCAAAGAACUUCAGUUGUCAGACCUACCAAAUUGUCAUUGAGGCUCUAAGCAACCAAUCAGCCUCCAUGGACAGAGAGCAACAACGAGUGAUCUUCACUCAUUACAUCUAUCCAUUCCUUUCAAGAAAUGACUCAUCAGAUCCCGGCUGUGUCUCAAACACCAGUGGAAGCAUGGACUGGCUCCAGAGGAACUUUGGCAUCUUUUCUGUUUUUGCAGAACUGCAGGAGUUACAAGUCCUUAAUCCCGACUUCUCCAGCAAGGAAUCACUGUCGCUGCUUACCCCAACCCAAGUGGCACAAUUGACAUUGACCUCUGGGGCAUUGAAUGACACAGAUGACAUUAAACUUGUGUUUACGCGGCUGGAGGAAGGUGACGCUUUCAAAAAUGUUGACGAGUUUCUGACGCAACUGACCGCAAAGGAAGAGAUUCCUGACAUCCAUCCAGCCGUGAGAGAUGUGAUGAUGAAUCAGACGUUCAACAUCAUCAGCCUUCAAUUCCCAGAGUUCGAAACGCUGGACUGGAUUGCAUGGUUCGAAGUAAAGCUGAUUCCCAUCCUCCCCAGUUUGAAUGAAGUCAUGCUCACCAUUGCUACCUCAAACGUCAACUGCACCAACUACCAAGUCAUUGUAAAUGGAAUGGACAGAGCUUUCCCUGAAAUGACUCAGGAUAGAAGAGAAGGAAUCGCAAGAGUCCUGCUGAAAUACCUGAGGAAAUCUGUGCACCUCAUCAAUGGACCAGCUUGCAGGCAGGACAUCCACGAUGACAAUGACUGGCUUGCAAUCAACCUGGGUUCAUACUCCGAGUACACAACCUAUUCGGAUCUCAAAGACUUCAACAUCUCAGGGGUGGCAGUUCUAGACUCCCUCUCACCAAACCAGAAAGCUGAAUUGAUACUGGACCCAAGCACUGGCGCUCUGGAGAAUGAGACUCUUGUGAAGAACGUUUUCAUCAGCUUGCUGGAAUCUCCAAGGGAAGAGCAGCUCAAUGAGUUCUUUGUGACUUUUGUUGAAGUCACCAAGCAGGUCAGUACAUCACUCUCUGGCUGGAAUGGACCUUGUAUAGAAAACAUCACUAUCAUCACAAACACAGCUGUAAGAGACACAAUGCUAGACCUGACCUUGAUGGCUCUUGCUCCCAAAUUCGACGUUUUUGAGCCAAAAGACUUCCAGCUGUGGUUCCAAGUCAAUCUGGUUGUUCUGCUGGCCAGCUUCCAUCCUGGCAGAUUGGUUGAUAUCCCCCUAAACAUCACCUGUGAAUCCUACAAUGCCAUGUAA